AAAGCUGCCAGGAAGCCUGAGGAUUUGGAGAACACUGGAUCUGCUGCUGCUGCUGCUGAACUGUAUUCAAAAACUGUUUCCUUGAAUCUGUCUCCGUUUUGUCAGCAGUCUUUGUACCACCACUGUGGGUUUUCUUUCUAUGGUAAUGCGCCAGCUCUCAGCAAUGAAGAAGUACACUGGGAAUACUCAUGUGAAAAACACUAUCUCGGGACAGCGGCAGAAUCUGCCAUGCAUUGCACCACUGGUGACCACGGUGGAGGAGACUCUACAGACCAUCUCUGCUCAAGUCCAAGGGCAUAUUCCUAAAUGGCUCCAUGGCUAUCUCUUUCGAGUUGGACCUGGGAAGUUUGAGUUUGGGAAGGAUGAGUACAAUCACUGGUUUGAUGGAAUGGCUUUGCUUCACCAGUUCAGGAUGGAGGAAGGCAGUGUGACAUACAGGAGCAAGUUUCUACAGAGCGACACAUACAAAGCCAACAUGGCUGCUAAUCGAAUUGUGAUCUCAGAAUUUGGCACCCUGGCUCUUCCGGACCCAUGCAGGAAUAUUUUUGAACGUUUCAUGUCUAGGUUUGUACCUCCAGUCAUGACGGACAACACCAAUGUCAACUAUGUGAAGUACAAGGGCGAUUACUACAUUAGCACCGAGACCAAUUUUAUGAACAAAGUGGACAUCGAAACUCUGGACAACACAGAGAAGGUGGACUGGAGCAAAUUCAUUGCUGUGAAUGGAGCAACCGCACACCCUCACUUCGACCCUGAUGGAACAGCAUACAAUCUGGGGAACUCCUAUGGGCCACGAGGUUCCUGCUAUAAUGUUAUUCGGGUUCCCCCAGAGAAGAGCAACCCAGAAGAGACAAUUCACGGUGCUCAGGUGAUAUGCUCUAUUGCUCCUACACAAGCCAUGAAGCCAUCCUACUACCACAGCUUUGGAAUGACAAGGAACUACAUAAUCUUCAUCGAACAGCCUCUAAAGAUGAAUCUGUGGAAAAUUGCCACUUCUAAAAUUUGGGGAAAGCCUUUUUCCGAUGGGAUAAGUUGGGAACCCCAGCAAAACACACGGUUUCACAUUGUGGAUAAACACACUGGGCAGCCUCUUCCAGGGAGGUACUACAGCAAAUCUUUCAUUACUUUUCAUCAAAUCAAUGCCUUUGAGGACAAAGGUUGUGUUGUGAUCGAUAUGUGUUGUCAAGAUGAUGGAAAAGUUCUGGAUGUCUAUCAACUACAGAAUCUCCGGAAAGCAGGUGAAGGGCUCGAUCAGGUGUACAGCUCAGUAGCCAGAUCUUUCCCCCGAAGGUUUGUCUUGCCCCUUGACAUCAACAAGAAUGUCCCAGAUGGACAGAACCUCAAUCCCCUCUCCUAUUCGUCAGCCAGUGCUGUGAAGCAGCGUGAUGGAAAGAUCUGGUGCUGUCACGAAGAUCUACAUCAUGAGGAUCUAGAGUUGGAAGGGGGAAUUGAAUUUCCUCAGAUCAACUAUAGCCAAUUCAAUGGCAAAAAGUAUCGUUUCUUCUAUGGCUGUGGCUUUCGGCAUUUGGUGGGGGAUUCUUUGAUCAAGGUUGAUGUGGUGGAAAAGACUUUGAAGGUUUGGCGAGAAGAUGGCUUUUAUCCUUCAGAACCGGUGUUUGUACCAGUACCAGGAUCUGGAGAAGAAGAUGGUGGAGUUAUUCUUUCUGUGGUAGUGACUCCCAACCAGAAUAAGAGCAAUUUUCUUCUUGUCUUGGAUGCCAAGAAUUUUGAAGAAUUAGGCCGAGCAGAAGUACCUGUGCCAAUACCUUAUGGGUUCCACGGAACAUUUGUACCCAUCUGAUGGAGCAGCCACCGGGUCUGGGGACUAGACUUACCCGAGAUUCUCCCUAUAGAAGACA